AUGUCCAAGGCCGCCUCCAAUCCCUUGCUGAUAUGUGGAGACUUCAACGCGCCGCACACGCAAUGGGGAUACGGAGCUGACUCGCCGAAAGGGAAGAGGCUAGCCGGACUGAUGGACGAGCUCGGCCUGACUGUACUCAACGAACCGGCUUCGCACACCAGGAUCGGACAGGGAGUGUGCCGCGACACAUCCCCCGACCUCUCCGUCUGGUCGGGCGCGGACGUGGUCACUUGGUCGAACUUUUUGGAGGACCUGGGGAGUGACCACAGAAUCCUGUGUGUGACCGUGGGAGAGAAUGAAAGCGAGGAGGACGUCUGCCGAAAGGCAAGAAUCGUGGACUGGGAUAGAUUCCGGAAAAAUACAGAAGGAGACAAGGAGGGCCCGAUUGAAGGCAUCAGCGAAUGGUGCAGAGAACUACUCGCGGACGUAGCGAAAGCCACCGAUGAGAUCGAAUGGACGGACUGGCGACAAGAAUCCCCAAAGAAGGAAGAGACAGAUCCCGCGGAGCUGUGGACGACGACGCUCCCCAACCGUCCAGAGUGGACAACCGGCUAG